AUGUUCAGACGAUUCCACUCGGCAGCUCGGUUGGCUAAUUAUUCCAAAGUGCAGCUGACGUUGUUCUCAAAGACUAAUUGUGGUCUCUGUGAUAAAGCUAAAAAUGUGGUGGAUCAAGUGAUGAGCGACAAACAGCGGUACAACGGUUUGCAGCUCACAGUUGUUGACAUUGACGAACCGCAGAACAAAGCUUGGUGGAACAAAUACUGCAUGGACGUUCCAGUACUCCAUGUAGAAAAUGUGGAAGACACACAAUCACCCUUAAAGAUCUUUCACAGACUGGAUCUAGACCAGGUGAAGGAAAAGAUUGAAAGCUCGAAAUAA